CCAACCGAAACAUUGGCAUUGCCGUAAUUAUUCAAUUGGUGGGUCUUUUCUUCAUAGAUUAUCAACGUUCCUCGAAUCUCUCUCCAUGUAUCUAAUACAUCAAAAUGGAUUCAUGUAAUUCAAUCGCAAACGAAGUCAAUAAUCUGGUUUCACGACAUGGGUUUGGUUAAGGUUUUACGAACAAUUGAUUUCGAACAUGAAUCCUACCCAACUUAUGAAGAUUUCGCAAUUCUUCCCGCGUUUGCUAUCUUCUUUCCAACUUUUCGAUAUUUCCUUGACAUAUAUGUUUUUGAGGGUAUAGGAAGGCAAUUAAUAUUUGCAAAGGAGAAUCAUAAGCUAGAUGUCGAUACAGAAGAAAGAAAGAAAAAAAUACGAAAAUUUAAAGAAUCGGCAUGGAAAUGUGCUUAUUAUCUUUCAGCUGAAAUUCUUGCUUUAAUUGUAACUCAUAACGAGCCUUGGUUCACAAAUACUAUCAACUUCUGGAUAGGUCCUAAUAAUCAGAGAUGGCCCGACCAAAAAGCAAAGUUAAAAUUGAAAGGUCUAUACAUGUACACAGGGUGGAUUCUAUGUGUAUUCCAUCUUUGCUUUAGUUUUCUGGGAAACGAGAAGGUCUGA